AUGCUGCAGGAUUUGCUGGACAUGAUGGUGAGAGGAGCUUGCACAGGCUGCUCCUCGUUGAGGAUUGACAAUCCAGGCUGUAGUCAAGAGCUCAGCAAGGCUGUGUCCCAGAGCUGGGACAUCAAGAUUGUCUCCCCAUGCACCCAAGAGACGCAGCAGGAGGGCUCGGAGCUGGAAGAAGGACAAUGUGACUCGGGCAUCUACUCGAUCCCCUCCAUCCGCUCCCUGCCCGGCCCGCCGGGGGAAGGGGAGCACCCCCCGGGCCUCGGACACGCUGCGAGGAAGGAGACGCAGCAGGAGGGCUCGGAGCUGGAAGAAGGACAAUGUGACUCGGGCAUCUACUCGAUCCCCUCCAUCCGCUCCCUGCCCGGCCCGCCGGGGGAAGGGGAGCACCCCCCGGGCCUCGGGGACACGCUGCGGGAGAAGGACUCCGGCCCCCUGGGCAAAGAGGGAACCGACGCCCUGGAGGCGGAGGAAAGGGUCGACUCUACCUAUGGCUCGGCCUCCCUCACCGAGCCCCUGACCGCGCUGGGGCAGUUCCCGGAGGAGGAGGAGGAAGCCGCGGAGGGGCUCAGCCAGCAGCAGCUAGAGGCGCUCACCUACAUCUCGGAGGACGGCGACACGCUGCUGCACCUGGCGAUCAUCCAUAGCGUGCCAGCACUGGCAUUCUGCUGCAUCACCCAGCUGCCCAGGGAGGUGCUAGAGAUCCAGAAUGACUUGUUUCAGACCCCACUUCACCUGGCUGUGUACCUGGAGCAGCCCAAUGUGGUAAGGGCGCUGAUCCACAAGGGGGUCAGCCUGACCCUACAGGACCGCAACGGCAACACCCCUCUGCACGUGGCCUGCGAGCAGCAGAACGUGCAGUGUGCCAAGCAGCUUCUGGAGCCAGCCCCCGGGGAGAGCACGGAGCCUCAAAGGAGCCUGCAGGACCUGCAGCUCCAGAACUGGCAAGGCUUAGCCUGUCUGCACAUCAGCACCUUGAAGGGGAAUCAGCAGCUGAUGGGACUGCUACUGCACAGUGGCGCGGAUAUCAACGUCCAGGACGGCACAAGUGGGAAGACACCCCUGCACCUGGCAGUGGAGAGCCGUGACCGCAGGACAGUUAAGUACCUGCUCAGCAAGGGGGCCCACGUGGACGCCCCAAUGUACAACGGCUGCACCCCACUGCACCUGGCCGUGGGCAGGAAAGAUGCUACCAUGGCUGCCAUAUUGUACCACUCGGGGGCUGACACCCUGCUGAGGAACAUGGAAGAUGAGACUGCCCAGGACUUGGCCGACGGCAACGAUGAUCUCCUCGCCCUCCUGCCUUUCGAUGACCUGAAGAUCUCGGGGAAGCCGGUAGUGUGCGCCGACUGAGCGCCCAGACUCUGACCGACUGCGGGGGCCGCCCCCACCCAGCCAUGGCACUACAGCUGGCAGGAGCGGAGCCAGCGCAGGAGAUCUUUUCCCCCCGUAGCAGUGUGCAUGGUCCCCAGCGCUCUGCCCGAACACCCUUGCCCUGAGCAGGUGGCAACUGGAGGAAGCUGGCCCCCUGAGCUCUGCACGAGACCCUCUGAUGGUGCUUCCGGACUGCUGCUGCUCUCUCCCGCACCUGCAAUGGGAGCAACCAGCGGGGGGCUCCAGUCUCAGAUUGUAUGGAGGAGUAGCUGGGAGGGGGUUUCCUCAUCCCAGACUCUGCAGUGGGGGGGUGCUGCUUCCCUACGCCUCUCAACACUGCUGGAGCAGUUGUGGGGGCUCCCAUCACCCUUCCCAGGGAGACAUAAACACUUGAUUUUUAUGCCCAAGUUCUGGGCCUCGUGGUUUCCCCAGCAACCGCAAGGGGCUGCGCACUCUGACUUCUUGCCGCUUGAAACCUUCAGCACCUCAGGGGCAGAACUGAUCCCUACCCCUACCAGCCCCUCUCCAACCAGGGGGAAGCUGGGUCAGAUCUGACAUGAAGAUAAGCAGGAGCCAUUGUCUGGAGGGAUGUAGUUGGAUGGGGAGAUACAGAACCUAGUACGGGGCCCGUUAGCCUGUUCCCAAGGAAAUCCCAUUCCCUGUCGCUCUUCCUGCGAGAACCCAGUGUAGCUAAUGCUGCUCCCAUGAUGGGUCAGUUCCAGCCUGCUAACCUGCACUCCCCACUGCAGUCGUAGCUGGACUCCCAGCAGGAGGGGCGGGGAAAACGGGGGUUUUAUUCUUAGUUCUGCUACUGAGUGGCUGUGUCACCUGAGGCAAAGUGCCUUGCCCUGCACCUCAGUUUCCCCCCUGAAAGGUAAAACACACAGAGCAGUGCUCAUGCGCAUGUAGAAAACUUGCUCCCAAGCUCAGUAAAGGGCCUGGAGAUGCUCCCGUGAAAGAGACUGGAGAGGGGCCAAGGGUCCUCCUUGAUGAUUAGUCAGUUCCCCUCUUGGGGCUAUGUUUCCCUCACCCCACCCCCAACGCGGCUGCUGCUCUGUGGCAGGUGUAUACAUAGGGAGUGUAGCACUGGGGAGCCGUGGGUGCCCAGGACCCCAUUUAAGCUGGCAGUGUUCUCAGCUCGCUGCUUCGACCUGGCUGUUUCUUGCAUGGGGGCAAGUCCUGGAUGGCGCAAUCACCCAGGAUGUGCUGGAGAGCCUGCUCCUUCCUCCCCAGUUCUUGGAAGGGCUGCUGCAGUGGAGUUUUGCCAGGAAAAGCUGCAGAACUUCUUAGCAAGCUCUUUGGGAGCCUCGGCGUAGUCUCUGUGGCUCCUCUGGGCUGCUCCAGGUCAUUUGCUCUUUUUCUUUCUUACUCCCGCAUUUUAGCAUUUAUUCCCUCCCUGCUGAGGUCAAAGAUGUGUUGAAUGUACUGGCCUCAGUCAAAAUCUAGUGGCAAUGGCUCAGGGGUGGCUCGGGAGAGCUGUCUUCAUUUUGAUGUGAUCUCCUGGGUCUGCUCCGGAGAGGCCUAGCACUGGACGAGCGGAAGGAGCAGAGGCUCAGGACUGAGGGUAGAAGUGUGUGCCAGGAGGGCGGGGGUUGAGAGAAGAACUGGAGGGAAAUUAUUUUUCAACUGGGGAGCCUUUUAAAAGAAUCAUCUCUGAAAAUCUGGUCUAUGCUGCCACCUUGUGGCCGCUGAUGGUAUUGCAACUCGACACUGCUGCAAGUUCCUUGUGUGGCUGGGUCUCUGUGCUGAGCCCCUGGCAAGGUGCGGUUUGCUGGCUGCUCUGACUCCUGUGACAGGGACGGUGGGGAGGGGCCUCAGGUGUGGUGCUAGGGAAGCACAGAUGGCCUGGCCUGUUGCUGGUGGGUAGAUCAGAGGCAUUCAAAUGUUAUUUAAAGAAUAAAUGGAUCAAUCCUCUAGCAAA